UUUUUCAUCGCUUCGGCUGGUACCUCGUCGCAGUGUAAGCAGGACGCCAAACAAAAAGUAUGGGUUGCUGUGCCUCCGUCCAGGGUGCUCAGGAGCCGGAGCCUGACCCAACCACACCAGUGAACCUAGACAAGGCUAUCCUGGUAGACGAAGACUUCAACAGCGUGGUUCAUACCCGACUCAGGAGGUUGCAAGAACUAGACCUCGAGACAAAGGUGCCUUUCAUCCUGAUCGAGCUCACAGGGGAAGGUCAUGGUGAGGGCGAAAUCGAGGUCACUGGGAAAGAUGAGUAUGGCGUCUAUGAGGCCAUCGAGAACUUUUUCCUGGGCCAAUGGGAGUGUGAAAAGCUGGAUCCAGGUGAUGACAGCGACGAGACGAAGAUUCCGUUUUGCAAAGCGCAGUAUCGAUGGCCCGGUUUCGCCGUGGGCGGGGAGGAUGGCUUGAACAACUUGGGGAAGAAGACCAUGGAGAUCAUAGACUUCAUGUGUGGUACGCUCAGUUGGACCUUGGCCGUCGUGAACGGUGGCAACGUGGGUGAGAACCGAGAUGUGCGGGAAACUCAACUGAUCUUCAAGGCGCCUCAUCCCAUGAAUCUCGUGGCGCCCCAUCUGAUGGUGGAACUCCGCUCGGCUGGCUUCAUCGAGAUCUGCGGAGACUUAGAGCAGGAGCACGGAGAUAUCCUGGAGACCCUGGAUGUGUACUUUGCAGAUCGCUUCGCGGCGCAGCGCAUCGAUGGCCACGAAGACUUCUGCGAUCGCUACUACCAGGCGGGUGAGGAGGUCUUCAAAGGGGCUUCGGGAAGCCUGGAGAGUAACUUUGGACUUCUGUGCACCAACGUUUGCGACCAGAUCACCCAGUGGGAGGGGUGGAGCCUGGUGGCUUGCAAUGCCUCCAAUUAUGGCGCCGAGGGUCGACACAGUGAGCAGCAAAUGAUUUUCAGACGAGACUAUCAUCCUCUGGGCGAUUCGAAGUACCUGCAAGUGAUCCUCAAUGCGCUGGGCAACAUUGAGGUCAACGGAAAACACGUCAAGGAGAUCCAUUCGAAGUUGGACGGAUUCUUGCGACACAGAUGGGGUUGCGAACGCGCCGGGCAGUUCAGCGAGGGGGACGGGGAUCAGAAGACCAUUUGCAGAAGGUAUUCGUGGAACGUGGAGGAUCUCAACAUGCUUCGUGCCACUGCAGACGUGGUGACCUUCUUUGAGUUGCAGGGCUGGGAGAUUCAGGUGGCCUCCCAACAGCAGGUCCUGGAGGACGGUACCUGGUGCCGCGAGCAGCAGCUGCUCUUCCGGCCCGGCCGCACGGAGGUGGGCACCAUCGAGCCGCAUGUCUUCGUCGAACUCUACGCCGGUGAGGGGGAUCCAGAGUUCUUCAACGACGAGGAACACACCCAGGUGCUUGCCAAUCAGAAGCUGCGCAUCAGAGGCAUCGGGCCCGGCAGCGACCGAGGGAAGAAGAGUCCGGAGCUGGUCACCGCGAUGGAGGAAUUCGCGACCUUUGUCACCUCCUAUCUGGGCGGUGGGCAGGCUGCAGGACUGUCAGGAGAAGAAGAAUACAACUGCAACGUCUUUCUGUGCAGGGGGAAAUUCGAGAACAACUUAGCUCAAUGGACAAUGCGGCUUUGCGAUUGGAUGGUGGAUCGCUUGGGCUGGAGUUUCAUUGUGUCCUCCCUCUGCAACAUGGGUGAGUUCGGACAAAAUCGGCUGCAGCAAGUCAUCUUCCGAUAUGAUGGAGAUAAGCGUGCCCUGCCAGUCUCCAAAAGUGUCAACCCUGCCCAAGAGAGUUUGGAUCCCAGCAGAUUCCCGGACUACUGGGACUUUGAAGAGGUGUUAGAGCAACGGGAAGUGCAAAGGGUGAAACCGUGCAAAAUGGAAGAGAAGGAGGCACUGCAAGAGUUAGUCGAUCACACCUUCAAGCGGGUCUUGACGCGUGACCGGGUGCCGGACGACGAUGCUGAAGAUGAUGAAGAGAUGCCCUUCCGCAUCGAGGUCGUGCAAGCCUUUCGAAGCGAGCACGCUUGGCUGAAUAAUCAGCUCUGCGAAAGUAUGGAGGCUGCAGAGUUCGCGGACUUUGAAGUGAAGACCUCGGGCAUCCAAACCUUGUUGUCUGGACGCUUGGCGCCAGGUCAGCACUACAUGUAUCAUGGAACCAAUCCGUCUUCGGCUAUGAGCAUCCUGAAAACCGGCUUCGUCUUGGACCACGCCGGCAGUGCCACAGGGACCAUGUUUGGCGCCGGGAUUUACAUGGCGGAGUGCUCCUCGAAAUCCGACGAGUACGGUCGUGACGAUGGUGGCAACACCUAUCCCUCGCUGCAUGCCAUGCUUGUGUGCAAGUGCUUCGUUGGUACGCCCUUUGUGACCGACACCUCCGGAGAUCACG